AUGGAAAACGUUUAUUGCCUAUUGUGCGCCGAGUUGAAACCACUUGACAAACUCAUUCACUUACAAUCUGAGACCGAGAAGUGGAUUGAAAUCGUGAAGAAGCUCAAAAGGCUGAACGCAAGGACAUCAGGAUUGUUUACUGAUGAAGUGCUGCCUAAAACGGUUUGUUUCGUGUGCUUGACGUCUUUAGACAGAGCUUUCGAGUUUAUUUUGAACGUGGAACACGCUCAGGAGAUGUUGAAUAACAUAUUAAUGCGCAAUGUUAAGAAGGAAGAAAUGUCUGACGAUUCUGACAGGGAGGAUGCCUUUUUGGAAGAGCAGGCGGAAACUAUAGCUAAUAGCAUUAAAGUUAAGCUUGAAAUACUUGAAUCAGAGUCGGUCGCGCUGACUGCACAUCAAAGCGAACCGAAAAAGAAGAAGAAGACGACGAAAUGUCGCAGCCUGGAUUCCUUACCUCUCUCUCAGCUUAAACUAACUUGGAAGGAUUAUUCCUGGACUUGUUCCUUCUGUGAAACGCAGUACAAGUCUGCUGAGGAGCUAAAGACUCAUUCUAUGCAGUACCAUCACUGCUGCAAUGCAUUUAAGUGUGGCGACUGCAACCUUAAGAAACUGAAGUUGGAUAGUUUCUUAGUUCACGUUAAAAGGCACAGACGGAACUUAAAACUGUCUUGCUAUGUGUGCCAUAAGAGUUUCACCAAGCAGAAUCAAAUGACUAACCAUAAGAACGAGCAUAGAACUACGGAGCAUAUCUGCAAGGGUUGUAAUACUUGCUUCCCUAGUUUAGAAGAGUUAAACGAACAUACAAGCAUUUUUUAUAGGGAGAAGAGAGCUCCUCGAAUCGUUCCACCGGAGUUGAUCAGCGAGGACCGUACUUGUGUCUUGUGUAAAAAGGAGUUUAAGAGCAAAGGGAGUUUAACAUCUCAUCUCCUGACACAUAUGGAUAGAAAAAGAGAUCAUACUUGCGAGAAAUGUGGGAAAUGCUUCUUUAACAAGCAGAACUUAGCCGGACACAUGCUCCUGCAUGAUGAUACAAGACCGUACAAAUGCAAGAUUUGCAAGUUUGGCUUUAAAACUCUCGGUCAGUUACGGAACCAUGUUGGAGUCCACGAUGGCAAUAAGCCACACUCUUGUGACCAGUGCGGUCGUUGUUUCCGUCUACCAAAACAACUCAAAUCUCACCAAAUUGUACAUACAGAUGAGCUACCAUACAUCUGCUCAUACUGUGGUAAGAGCUUCCGUUUCAAAACCAUUUUGAACCAACAUGUCCGCCAGCACACCGGUAUAAAACCAUAUUCUUGCGAGUUCUGCCAACGGGACUUCACAAACUGGCCGAAUUAUAACAAGCACAUGAAACGUCGCCACGGUAUGGAUAUGGCGAAAAAGAAGCACACUCCGGAAGGUUUGUACCCAAUAAACCCUGCGACUGGUGAGGUGGUUAUAACUCCGGAGACUAUGGAAACUGCGGAAUGGAAGAGGGAGAUGCUAAGGUCUCGUAGACCGGGGCGACCUAAGCAGAGUAUGGAAACUGAAGGACAAGAGCCGAUGGAGCAUAUGCAGAUGGAACCGAUGCAAUUGGAGCCAAUGAAUUUCAAGAGCGAAGCUACUGAGAACCAGAAUCAAUAG